UACAUUUAAUGCUAAUUGUCAUUCCACCCGCUUAUUCCAUUUCUAUGGCUCAAGUGAGAGUCAGUCAGAGACUGAUCCAAAGCAUCAGAAGAGAAAAAGACGUGAGGAAAUAAACAGCUGCGUAUCAGAAAAAGACUAUCAUGGCAUCGAUAAAUCUCGGGUUCAACGGGGCUCGUAGAAAAGUAUUAGCGCGUAUCAGAGCUGUAGAGAGGAGGAAUCUGAUCACCGUUUGCAGGUUCUCAGUGAAGACCCUCAUUGAUCGCUCAUGUUUUGAGACGAUAGACGACACAUCUGCUGAGUUCAACAACUUUGUCUCCAUUCUAGAACAUAUUCUCAGUCAUAGACUGAAAGGUCAGGUCAGCUGGUUUGGCUACGAGAGCCCACGCAGUUUCUGGGAUUACAUACAUGUGGCGUGUAGUAAAGUCCCGCACAGCUGCAUCCAUAGCAUCGAGAACAUGGAGAACGUCCGCAGCUCUAGAGCAAAGGGUCGUGCCUGGAUUAGAGUGGCGUUAAUGGAGAAGCGUUUGUCUGAAUACAUCUCUGCAGCUCUGAGAGACUUCAAAACUACAAGGAGGUUUUAUGAGGAAUGGGCUGUAGUUCUGGGUGAGGAGGCGGGGCUUCUGGCAGAUACACUGAUUGGACUGAAUGCCAUUGACUUCAGUUUUUGUCUGAAAGGGGAGGGGCUUGAUGAGAGCUGUCCUGUCGCCAUUGACUACACACCGUACCUUAAAUUCACACAAACUUCUGACAGCAUCAGCAGUGAUGAGGAGGAAAUGAGAACGCUGGGCAGCAGCGGCAGUGAAGCAGGCACUCCUGAAACCCACAUGGCCGCCAGUCUGAUGGCCGAUCAGAGCACCUGGUACAGCAAGAGCAAAAGACUAGAGCAGAAAUACAGAGUCGUGCUGGAACAGAAGGGUUAUUUGGAGGAGCUGGUGCGUCUGAGGGAAAUUCAGCUCUCUGAGUCUGUCUCUCAGAAUAAAUCUCUACAGCAGCGGCUCACAGACACAAAAACCAGCCACAAACUGGAGAAAGAGCACCUGGAGUUCAUCAUACUGGAGCUGCAGGAUCAGCUGACGGUGAUGAAGAAUCAUGACCUUCGCUCCAGACAGGAGCUCACCUCGCACCUGACAAACCAAUGUCCCUCACCUGCUACCUUGGAUACCAAUGCAGUUGCCUUGGAUACGCUCCUGUACAGGAAGCCCACAGGACCAUGGGAAGAGAAAAGCUUCCAGAGUUUGGAGCAUCUUUCUGCAGAUAUGAGUCUCUCGCAGAUGUCUCUGGAUCCAGCACAAGUGAACACACACAGUCUGGAGAGCAAGGCAGGACUUACACACUGGCACAGAGAAGGGAAAGAGGAUACUCCGUCUCUGAGGGGUUUGUGUGGUUCCUUAACCUCAAUGGCCAGUUACAAAUCUCUGGCCAGUCUCAAGUCCAGUGAGUAUCUGGCCAGUCCAACAUUAGACAUUACCAGCCCAGGACUGACACCGUCCUGAGAGACAUGUAUGGACAUAUAAACGCAUAC